GGUGCUUUUCUCAUUCCUUACGUGAUCUCACUGGUGUUUUGCGGAGCACCAUUAUUCAUUCUUGAAACAUCAUGGGGACAAUUACUGUCUGUCGGUGGACUUGGCAUGUUCAAGAUAUGCCCGAUAUUCAAAGGCGUAGGAAUCGCUGCCGCUGUUAUGGCUUUUUGGUUAAACAUCUACUACAUUGUGGUGCUUAGUUGGGCACUGUGCUAUCUUUGGAACUCUGCCAGAUUGGAUGUGAACGUGCCCUGGAGGAACUGCGACAAUGAGUGGAAUACGCCAAGGUGUCGCUCAGAAUAUGAAAAACUACCAUGUGAUAGCAAUCGCACAAUUGCAGAUUUUUUCAAUGUUAAAGUGUUGACGGCCGACCAUCUUAUGGAAUACAGAAAACAAUUUUUUGUUGGCCCAAAAGCAAAUUUUACAGUAUGCACAGCUGCUGAUCUCAGUGUUCAAUCACCAGUAAAAGAAUUUUGGAACUAUAAAGUGCUAGGAAUCUCAGAUGGUAUCGAGCAUCCAGGAGGGUUGCGCUAUGAUCUCGCAUUGUAUCUCUUCAUUGCAUGGGUUAUUUGCUAUCUCUGCAUCUUUAAAGGAGUGAAAUGGACUGGAAAAGUUGUUUAUUUGACAGCUUCAUUCCCAUACAUCAUGCUGUUCUUCUUACUUGUCCGAGGUCUCACACUACCGGGAGCGUCACUUGGCUUAGAAUUUUACUUGAAACCUGAUUUCUCGAAAUUGUUGGAAUCGAAGGUAUGGGUAGAUGCCGUCACUCAAGUCUUCUUCUCCUAUGGUCUCGGUCUGGGUGCUUUGGUAGCCCUGGGCAGCUACAACACUUAUCAUAAUAAUGUCUAUAAGCAAGCACUAACGGUGUGCUUUGUGAACAGCGGCACAAGUGUCUUUGCCGGCUUCGUCAUCUUCUCAUUCAUUGGCUUUAUGGCUACUCAACAAGAAAAGAGUGUGGCUGAGGUAAGCUGUAAUCAGAUGAUUUCACCGUUGAGAAUAAAUCAAGUUUUUCUCUAUGUGUGA